AUGAAUACGACUGCGGCUUUAGGCCACAUGGAGGCCACCGUCUUUUCUCUUCUCGACAGGGAAAAUCAACGCCGCACGGUGCCCCACGAGGACAUUAAGCGGAUUCGCGAGUACGGCACACAAAACGUGCCCCUUCCCAAUACAGAGACGGAGAACAUGUCGGCUAUUUAUAGACGCAUCGGUGUAAGUGAAGAAGAACAUGAAAGACUUUGUCAUGAGUGGUAUUAUGGUGAUAAUAUGCCGCAGAGAUUUAAAAAGAUUUGCGAAGAAGGUGGGAAACGUAAUGCCUUUGCUUACCGUCCUCUUAUUCGAGUUUCACGUGAAGUUUUAAAAGACCAGAAUGGACUGGAGCGUAUGUAUGAUGUAACUUAUCUUAAUGAUACUUCCUACAUUGAUUUUGACACUCUUUGGGAAUAUAUUUCUUGUUUUGGAAGAGGCCUUGUGGAACUUGGUAUUCCUUUUCAUGCAAAUGUGGCUAUUUACGAAGAAACUCGAUGGGAGUGGUUGGCUACUAUUUACGGUAUAUGGUCCCAAAAUAUGACGGCGGCUACGGUGUAUGCAACUCUUGGGGAGUCUGCACUUUGUUAUGCCUUUAGGGAAACAGAAUGUGCAGCCAUUGUGUGUAAUGCCCUUAAUGUACCCAAUUUACUUCGAAUGAUGCGAGAGAAAUUAAUGCCUCCUGCUAUUAUUAUUUAUCUUGGAGAACUUCCACCAGGUCUUAAUCCUGGAAGUUUUCGAAUUAUUUCAUGGCAUCAAGUGGUAGAUAACGGCCGUAUUUCUACUGAACCACUUCGAAUUUCAACCGAUAAUGAUUCCCUCGCAUUUAUUAUGUAUACGAGUGGAACAACAGGAGAUCCGAAAGGGGCUAUGCAUACACAUGGUUCUCUUGUCGCCGGUGUGGCGGCUUGUGCAGAUCGUGUGAGUGAUCUUAUUGGUCCAUACGAACAUGGAGAGUCUUACUGUGCCUAUCUCCCACUUGCGCAUAUAUUUGAGUUUGGUAUUGUCAACAUUUUUCUUGCGCGGGGAUCACUGGUUGGCUUUGGUAGUCCCCGCACUUUACUGGACACAUACGCACGACCUCAUGGAGACUUUACGGAGUAUAAACCCGUUUUCGCCAUUGGUGUGCCUCGCAUUUAUGAUACUAUUAAGAAAACGGUGGAGUCGAAACUCGCCCCGCGUGGCACUCUUGAGCGACGUAUCUUUGAACACGCCUUUCAACAACGUCUACAGGCCUUAAAAGAAGGAAAUGAAACCCCAUUUUGGAAUGAGUUGGUGUUUAAUCCCUUUCACAGUAUGUUGGGGGGUCGUAUGCGUGUGAUGCUCUCUGCGGGUGGGCCGUUGAGUGCACCCACGCAAGUUUUUCUUAAUGUGAUCUUUGGUGUGAUGGCGCAGGGCUGGGGACUCACAGAGACGGUGUGUGUGGGGACGAAACAACUGCGUGGAGAUAUGGAGCCCGUCGUGGCCGGACAACAGGAGCGGGCGUGUGAGAUGCGACUGUUGGAUGUGGAUGAGUACAAACACACAGACAGGCCAGAACCCCGUGGAGAGGUUUUACUGCGGGGUCCUUUUCUGUUUAAAGGAUACUACAAGCAGGAGGCCCUCUCACGUGAGGCAAUUGAUAAAGAUGGAUGGUUCCACACAGGAGAUGUUGGUAGUAUCACUACUAAUGGACGUUUGCGUAUUGUGGGCCGUGUAAAGGCAUUGGCAAAGAAUGUGUUGGGAGAGUACAUUGCGAUGGAGGCACUGGAAUCUAUGUAUGCACAUAAUCAAUUGUGUAUGCCUAAUGGUGUUUGUGUGCUCGUCCAACCAGACAAAUCCUAUAUCUGCGCACUGGCAUUAACAGAUGAGUCCAAGACGAUGGACUUUGCAAAGGAACACGGUAUCACAGGUACUUAUCCUGAGAUUCUAUACGAUCCAGUAUUUCGCCGCAAGGCAACAGAGUCUAUGCAGGCAACGGCACGUUUGGCGGAUCGACAGAAGUUUGAGUGUGUGCGUCAUGUGCGUUUUCUCGGCGAUGAAUGGACCCCUGAAAAUGAAAUUUUAACAGCCGCUGGGAAAUUAAAACGUCGUGUGAUUGAUGCAAAAUACAGUGAUAUUAUCCGGUCACUCUUUCUCGAUGAGUAG